AACUUUCUUCUAGACGAAGUAAAAAAAGCCGCGUCUCGUCGGAAUCUGAUGGAGAAGAAGAAGAAAGGUGAUGAUGUAUCAAACUCGAAGCCGCCUUUAAUGGCGUUGAACCAUGUAUCAAGGCUUUGCAAAGACGUUAAAAAGUCUUUGGAGUUCUACACGAAGGUGUUAGGGUUUGUGGAGAUAGAGCGUCCAGCGGCGUUAAACUUCGACGGUGCGUGGCUUUUCAACUACGGUGUAGGAAUCCACUUGGUGCAAGUCAAGGACGAAGACAAGUUACCUUCCGACACGGACCAUUUGGACCCGAUGGAUAACCACAUUUCUUUCCAGUGCGAAGACAUGGAAGCUUUGGAAAAGAGGCUCAAGGAAGUGGAUGUUAAGUACAUCAAGAGGACGGUGGGUGACCAGAAAGAUGCAGCCAUCGACCAGCUCUUCUUCAACGACCCCGAUGGCUUCAUGGUGGAGAUAUGCAACUGUGAGAAUCUCGAGCUUGUCCCACGCCAUUCAGCAGACGCUAUACACCUCCCAGAAGACCGACAUGCACCUCCUGUUGCCCUCCCUGGCUCACCCAACCGUAGAAAGCCCCAGCCCAAUUCAUAAUAAUACUCGUUUCGUCUCUACCUAGUCCUGUGCUGUGCUAAUCUACCACUCUAUUAAUCAAUGUUUGUUUGGGACGCGAACUCCUUUCAUGUUCCAACCAUGAGUGUGCUAGUAAGGCAGGCCAUUUUGUUUUUUUUGGUUCGGAAUCGGUUUGGGUUUGGUUUGUAAUAAAACUUGACUGAACUCAAACCGUAGUUAUUUCGGUUUUGUUCGUCUUGGUUAAUCUAGUUCAGUUUGGUUUUAAGUGAGUCUGGUGUUACUUUGGUUGGGUUUCUAUUUGGUUAGGUUUGUUUGAGUUUGUUCUGAAAAAUGUGAACAAAUUCUCAUGUUUUUUUUUCAAACCAGUGUAAGCUCUACCAUAAAUUUUAUAGUAACACA